UAUGUCACCCUGGGAGAGAGAGGGUGAACCAACCCCGCCGGUUGGAGCUGGACUGACAGCUCCGUAAACAAAACAUUUAGAGAAUAAGUCGUUUAAAAAAAUCGACAAACUACAGAGCAGAAAAAAAAACACAACUUUCAACAACAACAAAAAAAAAAAAAAACCCAGACGCGCGUCCGCGGGGUGGUGUUCAGAGAGAGCGGCUAAGACUCACCGUUGCUCUCCCCUCCUCCUGUGUGCUGGGAGACCGGCGUCACCAACGGCUGGACGGGAGGAAGCAGCAGCAGCAGCAGGAGGAGCAGGAGGAGCAGGAGGGAGCGCCCGCUCUGCUCCGCCGCUGGCUCCGGCUAUGUGGCAGGGGAGGGGUGUCGGUGUCGGUGUCGAGCAACAACUACACGAUUGUUCCCGUUUCUGCUUCUUCCUCCGCUGAGCCAGGAGGAAGCGAGGACUUCAGGUCACUAGCAGCCGCAGCUUUUGCUUAAUCAUCCGCGCGUGGAGCCAAACUGAUGGACGUUUUGUUUUUUUUGUUUUUUUUACCGGCUGCGGUGUUUUCCGGUAUGUUGGACUCAGGGUGCUGCUUGGGACGAUGUGAACAGUGGUGCCCCUGAUCUCCAGCGAUCAGACGAAGGAAGGAGGACAGAGGAGGAGUUUCCUUGAAAUUUAGAGGAGCCCAGCUUGACUCAUGCUGCCUAAGGUCUCACGUUUCUCAAACUCCUCGCCUUGGUGAAGCGGUUUGGAUGCAGGUCCUUUGCUGGCUGCUGUGCCUCGGCCUGUCUGAGGCACUCGCCGUGCUUCCAAAGGAGCAGGUGGCCCGGCAUGCCGCCAAGCUCUACCGGAGCAAAACGCCGGCGCACGGCCACAGCUGGGUGACCAACAACUGCAAGCGGCUGGUGGGUCUGCUGCGGCAGAAGAAUGUGGCCGUCAACAAGCUGGCGGUCGCUGCCGUGGCCGCGGGAAGAGACCAAAGCCUGUCAGAGCCAGAGAAGCACUUCCAGGUUCACACCCUGGAGGUUUUCCAGAAGGAGCUGAACGAGAGCGAGCACCUGGUGUUCCAGGCGGUGCACGGCCUGCAGAGGGUGCUGCAGGGAGACUACAGGGACGUGGUCAAUAUGAAGGAGAGCAGCAGGCAGAGGCUGGAGGCCCUCAGAGAGGCAGCUAUAAAGGAGGAACAGGAGUACAUGGAGCUGGUGGCUGCGGAGAAGCACCAGCAGGAAGCCCUGAAGAGCGCUUUGGCCCAGAACAAGACGCUGUCCAUCCUGGAGGAAAUCCUGGAGGACGUCCGGAAGGCAGCGGACCGCCUGGAGGAGGAGAUCGAGGAGCACGCCUUCGACAACAACAAACAGAUGAAGGGAGUGAAUGUCGAAGCGGUGCUCAGAGUGGAAGAGGACGAGGAGAAAGGAGGGAAGAAGAAGAACAAGUCCACCCAGGAAGAGGUGGAGGAUGGUUUGGGGCUCAGCAUGCUCAUUGACUCGCAGAACAACCAGUACGUGCUGACGAAACCCCGCGACUCCACCAUGCCGAGAGCAGACCAUCACUUCAUCAAGGACCUGGUGUCAGUGGUGAUGCUGUCCCUGCCUUGCGGCUGGGUUUGCUCCCUGAUGGGUCUUCCUCCUAUGUUUGGCUACAUCAUGUGCGGGGUCCUGCUCGGCCCCUCUGGCCUCAACAGCAUCAAGUCUAUAGUCCAGGUGGAGACUCUGGGAGAGUUGGGCGUCUUCUUUACUCUCUUCGUGGUCGGGUUGGAGUUCUCCCCCGAGCGCCUUCGAAAGGUAUGGAAGACCUCAGUUCAGGGCUCGUGCUACCUGAGUCUGCUGAUGGUGGCGGCCGGGCUGCUAUGGGGCCAGCUUCUUCACAUCCGGCCCAACCAGACGGUCUUCGUUUCCACCUGUCUGUCCCUGUCCAGCACUCCGCUGGUGUCGCGCUUCCUGGCAGGAGGAAGCAGGGUGGACAGGGAAGGGGAACUGGACUACAGCAGCGUUCUCCUCGGGAUGUUGGUGAUGCAGGACGUUCAGCUCGGCCUCUUCAUCGCAGUCAUGCCCACUCUGAUCCAGGCGCAGAACGGAGACUUGGACAGCGUUCUGUUCGGAGGUCUGCGCGUGCUGAAGCUCCUGGCUCAGGUGCUGGUGUCGCUGGCCGCCGUGCUGCUGCUGUGCUUGGCGCUCAGGUCCUUUCUAAUCGGUCCGUUUUACAAGAAACUUCACGCCGAGAGCAAAGGCAACAAGGAGAUCCUGGUGCUGGGGAUGGCAGCUUUUGUCUUUUUCAUGCUGACGGUGACAGAGCUUCUGGAUGUUUCCAUGGAGUUGGGCUGCUUCUUGGCAGGAGCUUUGCUGUCGUCGCAGGGCCACAUGGUCACAGCCGAGGUCAUGGGGUGCAUCGAGCCAAUCAGAGACUUCCUCGCCAUCAUCUUCUUUGCCUCUAUUGGUCUUCACGUGUUCCCUACCUUUGUGCUGUACGAGCUCACCAUCCUGGUAGUGCUGACGCUUACACUCGUCGUCAUGAAGUUUGUCAUGGCCGUGCUGGUGCUGUCGGCCAUCUUGCCUCCGAGUUCCCGACACAUACGGUGGAUCGUCUCCGCUGGUCUGGCUCAGGUCAGCGAGUUCUCCUUCGUCUUGGGCAGCCGUGCGCGUCGCGCUGGCAUCAUCUCCAGGGAGGUGUACCUGCUGGUCCUCAGUGUCACCACGCUCAGCUUGCUGCUGGCUCCGCUGCUGUGGAGAGUCACGACACACAGAUGGGUUCCUCGCGCCGAACGCAAGGCGCUCACGUGACCUCACCGACUUCAGGGCUAAAAAGUGUUCCCCGGUGACUUUUCCAGAGUUGGCAGCGUUAUCGCAUGAAGUCUAUUACUUUUUCUGCUGGACCAAAUCUCUUUUUACUGCUGCUCAUAAUAUUGAAAGCAGAAAAGAAACAUCUGCUAGCUUUUGACUGGAAGGUUUCUUUUUUUUUUUAUCCUUUGACUGUUAAGUUUCUACUGUAUGUUGACCAUUAUAUUUCAUUACACUGAACUCUAUCUGAUUGUGUACAUUAACAUUGUCUUAAAACUGUUCUGUUGUUAGAACCAAACAUACAAACAACCAUGGACUGAACCUGACAUUUGUUCAAUAUUAAGUUUUCAGGUAAAUGGUUGCCUAUUUGGGGGUGUUUUUCCCUAUAGACACCAUUACACUGCUGUUUAUGCUUUCUCUGUUGUGAUUCAGGUUAUCAUUGAUAACAGAUUCUGCCUCGUGCUGAGGUAAAAGGUCUCCACUGUAUAACAUUAGAACAUAUUAUAUAUUACAACAUAAUCUCUGACAAUGGUA